AUGCGAUGCGCGAGCAAGGCCGCCGAGAGCGCGUCUGCACGUCUCUGUGCGGACGCCGAAGCAGAAACUACAGCAACUGAUAUCCCAUCGGUUGCUGAAUCGACUCAGCCUGUAUCACCUGGUGAUGCAGGCGCUGGUCAUGAAGACACUCGUGUCUUCACAGAGUACGAGCUCGGUGUCUCGUACUCUCCUGAUACGGAUGACGGAUCCGUAUCGACGGCGAUCGAAUCCAAGCCGCCUGCCAAGCGUGGCAUGGACAUGCUUUGCGUCGCAGCAUCUUUGCGAGGUGCCAGUACUUCUGUCGGCACGUCGCAGGAAGAGCGGGACCGCAAUGUGUUGCGUCUCGCUCCAGAAAAGAAGGCAUGGAUGCCUCCUAAAUCUGUCAUGGAUCACUUGUCGGUGACGACGAGUGAUCGUUAUCGAACACGAUUGUUCGAUUCGUCGAGGAUUCAUCACCUUGACCCCAGCGCGAAAGACUAUCGCGCUGAACAUGAGUUCUUCAUCGAUGCUUUCGUUAGACAUCGAUGGUACAGUGGGAAUCACAAACGUGAUGGUCCCUCACUACUUCAGGCGUGGAACGCCUACAUCCAUAAUCUCGAGGAUGUAGGUCGUGACGCUUGGAACGACAAACUUAUCAAAGCUCGUGAUAAGUUUGAAAAGCGAACCCCGACAGGUGCACGCUACAAGCUGCAUCGUCUGUCAAGGGAGAAAGGAUUACCCUGCCUUUCUUGGGGAGACUCGUGCCCAUGUUGUGUGAACAACUCUGCACGAGCACCUAAGGAGGCUUACCUCCUUACCAGCCCGUGGUGGCGCGUACGUGUCUCUACUGAGAUGUACGAAGGGAUUGACAACCUGAAAUCCCUUUACGACCGUGCCGGGAAGACUUUCUCCGGCGGUCCUUCUGCGGCACAGGAUGUGUCGCGUCGUACUGCUCGACCAGACCCAGUACGUCAACCAUCAAUUGGGAGCGGGGCUCCCAAGAAUCCCAGGACGGGGAAAGCCGCGCCACCGGACGAGAUAACUCGUCCGACGUCCGUUCACGUCGCGGUGGUUCAACAGCUGCUCAACUAG